GUCAAAUUACAAUUGAUUAUUGUAAAGACGAACUCCAUACAUCUUCAUGUCAGCCGGUAGUAAAACUUGAAGCAGAGGUAGAAGUAUGUCCAAAAACAAUAUACAUAGGUAACUUUGGCCAAUAUGUCGGAGUCCUCAGACACAGAAAAUGAUGCUGUAGAAAAAGCCAUCGCUAUGUGUAGAACUGCACAGGGAAUGAUCGACUUCACAGCUAAACACCUGGAUGGAUUAAGGACUCAAUGCGACCCAUCGGAAGAACUUACACAGAAGGAGAUCAGAAACACCGAGAGCAAACUGAUCAAACUGUUCAGUAAACAAUUGGUAGCCAAGGCACAGUUAGCUACAGACGAUGUUCACGACAAAUUAUCAGAGUACCCAAAGACAGAACAAUGGCUUACUGUUGUUGGUUUGGAGAAAGAUGUCAUCAAGGGUGUACUUCAAAGGGAGAUAACUCUAACAUCACUGCUGGACAUGCGGGAAGAUGAGGUGAGGAACCUGCUGCUGAGGUUUGAUUCCAAAGAGGAAGAUCACAGAAAGUUCAACUGUGCGCUCCGCAAUCUUAAGAAAUGGACAGAACACCUGUUGGUUGGAGAUACAGGAGGGGACAGUGAUAAAGACCUUAGCUGGACCAACUAUACACAGGCUUCUAGUAGUCCAUACAGUGGCAGUUCCCCAGGGUACCACUCGGGGCGGCCCUCCAUUUCUUCCCUCCCCCCAGAAAAUAUCCAGCCUAUUCCCAUCCCCACUUCCCCACAGAGCACCCCUCCGUCACCAAUCCCUGCCACCCACACAGACAGAACUAGAUAUACACCUCCACCCACGCCUCCACUGACAGGCAGAACAGGAGGAAACUCCAGGAUGACGGGUACCCCACCAACCAAUCGUCGACACAUCCUCAUUCCUGACUACCCUCUCACUAAGAGUCGUUCUCACGAGUCUCAGCUAGCCAACAGGGUCACAGAUAUUGAUGGACCUAAGUACAGUAAGAAGAAACCUACCAAUCUAAUUAUUGGCAAUGAUAUGCUGAAGAUACGUCGGCCUUCCAACGAAGGCUCAGAAACAGGUGGGGGCAGUCGCGGUCCCUCAGGUCACACCUCCCCCAUUCCUAACUCUCCUAUACAUCCAUCACGUCUCAAGGCUAUUGACUAUUCCAAAAAUACCUUAGCUGUACCCAAGUCACCAAAACAGCACCAGCUCCAUGGCAACCACAGAUUUGAAAAAAAAUCCAUUACCAUAUUUGGAAGUAACUGUGACGUAUGUUCUAAAGUCAUCUACUUAUAUGGAAAAGUUUGCAAGGAUUGCAAAUUUAAAUGUCAUCGAGAUUGUGCUGGGAAAGUGAAUGUGAAUUGUGCCAGUGACUAUCCAGACAGUUUCUGGGAAGGAUCACCUGUCCAGACACGGAGAGAUACAGACCCCUAUUUAGAUUCCUACCAUGUGGAUGGCACAAGUCUGAAGCCCAAUCGCUCUGUUCCUGUGCUCAACUCUGACUCUAGCUCUUCCUGUAACUCCAGCACAACAUCCUCCCCUGCCCCAUACAUCAACUCUCCUGCAGGGCAUAUCGCCUCCCCCUCCCCAGGGCCUUCACCUCAUAGAAAGCCUCAACAGUUCCACUACCCAGAUACCAAACCAUUAAAGGUGGACAAGGCUACAGAAACCAAUAGCAGUGAACCUGUAAAGAUUAGUGUAACCACAGAUACAAAUACAUCAGAUGAUAGUAACAAAACUUUAGUAGAUAGUAACACAUCGGACAAAACUCUGCUGGACAGGGUGGACUCCAUGGACAGCCAAGAUGACCCAUUCGGUCACAGCUGGAAUAGACAGAAUAGUUUAUCAGUUACAUUAAAAGACUGGAUAAUUCCAUUUGAAGAGGUGAAGUUAGGUGAUCUGAUAGGGACUGGGUCCUUUGGUGCUGUAUAUAGGGGCCUGUGGCAUGGAGAUGUGGCCAUUAAGAUGUUGAAUAUAGACUCUGAUAUGGACACACAGGCACAAAUGUCAGAAUUCAAACAAGAGGUGGCUAUGCUGAUCAACAAGAGACAUGAUAACCUUAUUUUAUUUGCUGGAGCGUGUAUGAAGCCUCCAGCUAUCAUUACUAGUUACUGUAGUGGUCAAACUCUGUUCAAUUAUGUGCGGAAGGAGAAGUUCCAGAUGAACAGGACAAUUAUUAUUGCAUCCCAGAUAUUACAAGGGAUGGGAUUCUUACAUGCAAGAGGGAUCUUCCAUAAGGACUUGAAAUCAAAGAAUAUAUUCUUGGAAAACGGCAAAGUUGUGAUAUCAGAUUUUGGAUUGUUCAACAUUUCUCGGCUUUGUCAUGGUAACAGGAAAGGAGAGUGGCUGAAUAUCUCCCCAGGCUGGCUGGUGUAUCUUUGUCCGGAAAUCAUUAAGCGUCUCUAUGCAGGAGGCAAUAACAAGGACCUUCCUUUCUCAGAAAAAUCAGAUGUUUAUGCAUUUGGAACGGUAUGGUAUGAGUUGAUAUGUGGGGAAUGGCCAUUUAAACACUAUGCCCCUGAGUCAAUCAUCUGGCAGGUUGGACAUGGGCUAAAACCUGCCCUUGUCUGUAUUGGGGCCUCCAAAGAUGUGAAGGAUGUUUUGAUGACUUGCUGGGCAUAUGACAGACAAGAGCGACCUGACUUCAGUCGCCUAUUAAAGUUGAUGGAGCGUCUCCCUAAGAAACGCCUCGACCGCAGCCCCUCACAUCCAAUACACCUGUCACGCAGUGCAGAUCCAGUGUUCUCAACAUGAAGUGUGCUCUACAUGUCUUUCUCUCAGUCAUAUGUUAUACAAAAUCAUCCAUAAGUGGACCGAACAGGUCACAGACGACAGUGACAGAAUACAUCUCAUCCAGAGAUGGAACACCACAGACAAAAGUUGUCUCCCCUGUUUGACCUGUGAUGGUCUAGUGGUGACCCACAGGUCACACAAUCUUAAUAUCAUUACCUGGAGCCUGGUGUAGGAUCCGUCAUUAUCAUGUGAUAGGGGUCAUGUGACCCCACGUCUGUGACCUCCCGCAGGGCAUUCCCGUGAUGGGUGGCACUUGAUUCCUCAUGACCUGCUGUAGGUCUCUGUGUCAACACAUCAACAUUAGUACAUCAUGUUAACGGUUCUUUCAUAGAUGUUGUGUCAGUAUUGUGUUAACACAUAGUGUGACCUCACAUGUAUUUUCAUAGUGACAACACAGCUCAGUUUUGAUCAGUGUUAACAUUGUGUUCUGUAGAUGUUACAAGAUGUGUUAACACAAUAAAUUGUGUCUAAUUCUUGUGUCAUCAAUUGAUGACAUGUAUUUUAAUUAUGUAGACAUUGAUAUAAUGAUGCAUGUUUGAUAGCACAUUGUUUACAUAUGUCAACAUUUUUGUUAACAAAU